AAAGUAACCCAAUUCACUCAAAACUACGUCGUUUUCGAGUGAACUACAUAUAAAUUAUAAAACUGGGAAAGGGUUUUAGGUCAUCGUCGUCGCAUCGACUCUCUCCGGCGACUACUCUCUCCAUCCCGCCGUCGACAGAGCAACACUCCGUUCUGAGAGAGAUGGCGUUGGAUUACAAACCUCCAGAAGAGUUCGUAGUCAACAGCUUACAGCCCCUCGCUGACUUCGACGUGACGGGAUCCACGGAGCUCUGGCUCAUCCAGUGCCCUAUGAGCCACGUUCCGGAGAUCGAAGGGAAGGAGCUCAAGGUUAAGCUUGGUGAAGAUGGAGUCUUGGGACGUUUCGAGGAUUCUUCUGGUAAAGAGGUUGAACUUGUUAGCUUUGCUUCUCAAGAAGGUGAUGCAACUGUGAUUAUACCUUGUGAGAACGAAUCUAAGAUCGUUGGGAAGAUUUCGAGGCGAGUUUCGUUGGUUCGGUUUCCUGAACCGGAAGAGCUGCUUGAGACAUUUAAAACUCAGCAGAAGGCUUUGAGAGCUGUGACGAGUUCCUCUGUUAGAAACUCUAACCCAGCUAUGAGUAGCAGGCGUAAAAGCGGACAGUCUUCUCUUCGACAUAGCGGCAGAGAGAAGAGCUUUUUCUCUGGCUUCACUGAGACUCCCAAGUCUUCUAAAAGAAAGCAUUCGGAGCCUUCUGCGAGCAAACAUGGUUCGGGCUCUUCGGAUCGGUCGGGUAAGUCUAAGAAGAAGGUGAAGACUGAGAAGUAGAGAUGAUUGUUUUUCUUCUUCUUUAUGUGAUGGUUUUGAUGUUGAAUUUUUGAUUAUGUGAGACGAUAAGCAAAAAAUAGUAUUGUAUCCGAAUAUAUAACUUAUUUCUCCAGUCAUGGUUAUGAAUUACAGGCUUAAGGAUUCAGACAAAAGCUAUAUGGCUUGUUGUUCUU